AUGAAUCUAACAAGCGCUUGUGACGAGGCAGUACCUAAGAAGCAUUUUUGCGGCUCGCCCUGGCUUGGUCCCGUCGUGUCCGUCUUAACCAAGGGACUGGCAGCACCGGAGCCUUCUUCGCCUCAGCGCUGCAGCGGCGGCACCGUGGCAGCCGCCGCUGCUGCAUCCAACCUGAGUGCCUGUGCCAGUGCCUUCGGUACCGCACUUCGCCGGUUGGAAUUGGGGCUUGUAAAUGCGGAUGACGAGUGCGAUUACGUGCGUUCCGUGCACGUUAGAUUUGGCAGUGGAGACGAUGGCGGCGGCGGCAGACCUAGGCAGUGCUCACUAGGCCUGCAGCAGCUGCUGGUGCCGCCGCUGAGUGCGUCGGCUGCGGCCCUGGUGCCGGCCGUGACUGCCCUAGAGAUGACAGUGUAUUGCGCUGCCGGCGGCGGCGGGACGGGGAGCCUCCACGGGGAUGAGCAUGCGUUAGACCUGGGCCGCUAUUCCCCCCUACAGUCCCUGAGCCUGAGGCUGUUCUCCGACACCGCUACCACCGGCUUCACCAGGGGUGCUGAGUUGCGGCUGCGGGGCGUGGCGGCCCGGACUAGCCUGCGGCUGAUGCGCAGCGAUGGCUCCGCACCGCCACAGAAGCUUGGCGGCGGGCUGCUGGCAGCACUCGCAUCAGAGGGCGCGGGGCUGACUAUGGCUGCAUGCAGCAAAAGUCGAUGCGGUGAUGACGGCCACGGGCUGACGGUGCUGGUGCUCUUGAAGCGGCUGGAGCACCUUGUGCUAUGUCUGCUGCCGCACUUCCGGCCCACGCGCUACAGCUGUACGGUGAAUGGGACAUGGCUACCGCCGUCCCUGACGCAUAUGGAGUUGGCCAACGUGGAAUUUUGCGUGGCGCCACCGUCCCCGCCGCCGCUGGCGCUGGCUGCUGCUGAGGCUAGCAUCUCCGUCUCCGACGAUGCCAUCCGCCCACAUCCGCAGCGGAUAUUCCAGUCCCGAGCAUCCUGCGGAGAUUAA